GCCGAGUCCUUCUACACUGUCUCCUCCUCACAACCAACGGUCUCCACUCUGCUGUUGCGUCUGCCCUCAAAGGACGAACCAAGCGGUCAAACUACAGCACUUAAACAGCGGAAACCAGGAGAAACAUGCUUUAUAAACAGUAACCUGUGUAACGGAAGUAACCGCAGUAUUAUAACAUUCAAGAGCAGCUUUCCACCAGUGGACCUCCCAGACAAGUGACUGUCCACCAUGUUGUCCAGGUUGAGGACAACCUGGUCCCUGAGGCCCUGUGUCUCUGUUUGCAGAUGGGCACACACCAAAGACAAGGGCAAGCCCCUCAUGCUCAACCCUCGCACCAACAAAGGCAUGGCCUUCUCUCUACCAGAGCGACAGAUUUUAGGGAUACAUGGUCUGUUGCCUCCCAAAGUGGAGACUCAGGACACUCAGGCCAUGCGCUUUCAGAAUAAUCUCAAGAAGAUGACAGAUCCCCUACAGAAGUACAUCUACUUGAUGGGCAUCCAGGAAAGGAAUGAGAGGCUUUUCUAUCGGGUGCUGAUGGAGGACAUAGAGGAAUUGAUGCCAAUUGUCUACACUCCCACUGUAGGCCUGGCCUGCACACAUUAUGGACACAUCUUUAGAAGACCCAAAGGCCUGUUCAUCUCUAUUCGGGAUAAAGGACACGUUCGUUCCAUCCUGGACAACUGGCCAGAGACUAACGUUGCAGCAGUAGUAGUAACUGAUGGAGAGCGUAUUUUAGGAUUAGGGGACCUGGGUGUUUAUGGAAUGGGCAUCCCUGUCGGAAAACUCUGCCUGUACACUGCCUGUGCCGGCAUCAGACCUGAGAGAUGUCUGCCUGUGGCGAUAGACGUUGGCACAAACAAUGAGACUCUCCUCAAGGAUCCGCUGUACAUGGGCCUGUACCAGGAGCGAGAUAACUCUCAAGCAUACGACGAUCUGAUUGAUGAGUUCAUGGAAGCCGUGGUGGAAAAAUACGGGCAGGACACGCUGAUUCAAUUUGAGGACUUUGGAAACCACAAUGCCUUCCGCUUCCUCAGGAAGUACAGGGAGAAGUACUGCACCUUCAACGAUGAUAUCCAAGGCACUGCGGCUAUGGCCCUUGCUGGUCUGUUAGCAGCUCAGAGAGCCAUCGGCAAACCCAUCACUGAACACCGGGUGCUUUUCCUGGGAGCUGGAGAGGCUGCCCUUGGUAUUGCCAAUCUGAUUGUCAUGGCCAUGAUGGAGACUGGGAUGACCCAAGCUGAGGCCAGAAAUAAGAUCUGGAUGUACGAUAAACAUGGAUUACUAGUAAAGGGCAGGGCGCAGGAAACCGACUCUAACCAGGAGGCGUUUGUCCACAACAGCCCAGGGACUGUACAGAGCUUCCUAGAUGCUGUCAACACCAUCAAACCCACAGCUAUCAUCGGCGUGUCAGGAGCUGGACGUCUGUUCACCCACGAUGUCAUCAAGUCCAUGGGAACCCUGAACGAACGACCGAUCAUCUUUGCCCUGAGUAACCCAACCGCUAAAGCAGAGUGCACAGCAGAGGACGCCUACACACUCACUGAUGGUAGAUGUCUUUUUGCCAGUGGCAGUCCAUUUGGUCCAGUGACUCUGAGUGAUGGCCGCGUCAUCACUCCUGGGCAAGGGAACAACGCUUACAUCUUCCCAGGUGUGGCCUUGGCUGUGAUCCUGAGUGGAGUGAGACACAUCAGUGACACAGUAUUCCUAGAGGCUGCCAAGACCCUUGCAGUGCAGCUGACGGAUAAAGAGCUGGAAGAAGGCCGACUCUAUCCUCCUCUCUCCAACAUCAGAGAGGUCUCUCUCCAGAUGGCUGUCAAGGUGACGGAGUUUGUCUAUGCUAAUGGCAUGGCGUUUCGCUACCCUGAGCCUGUGGACAAGGACAGCUUUGUACGUGCUACUGUGUGGGACACCCACUACGACUCCUUCAUGCCAGACACCUACGACUGGCCAGGUGUCAGCUUCAGCCCCAAGACUAACUAGAAGUAGACCACACCCUCACUGUGCCCUUUGCUUUCCACUUGACUCACAGAUUUUUUGAAAUGAUCAUAAUUAUAUUAGUGCAAACAUCUGCUUAUGAAAAAAAGCAGUAGAUUGCUGCCAUGUUACUGCACUAAACAAUAUGCUCCAGCUGCGGCCUGUAGCAACUCAGUAGCACCUCACCCCUUUCAGCUAUAGUUAGGGUUAGGCCUGAGGUGCUACAUCCAUGUCCUCCCUUCCGCCCGGUGUUUGUCUAUUUGCUCUUUAUACCACCUCACCACACUCCCGGCGCACUUUAUCAGAGCAUUUACUGUUGCCCCAGAUGGGUUUACAUUAUAGUUAAUGGAACACCCGGUGUGUUUCACACCAGCGCUAAAGGGUGCCUUGUGUGGCAGUACCAAACGCAGAUAGCCGUGACAAAGCCCUAGUAUUUGAUGCCCUGGGAAUGAGAACAGGCUGAAAUAACCUGAGAAGAAGUUUUGUAAGAAAAUGCCAUGUACAAUAUUAUUAUCUCCUUCACCAAUUUUAAAAGGUUUCACUCCAUAUUUAAUGUAAUGAUGACUCUUAAGUUGAUGCAAAAGAGUUGUUGUUGUGUACACUCCUGAUGCAGAGGUCAGUGUUUAGUUAAACACUUACUACUAUUCUGACUUUAUAUAGCUAACUUGAGAUCGCCAAACGUUAUGCAUGCAUUGACAUACAGUACAGACAUUGCCUUUUGUCACAUCAAGUGGGUCUCUGGUGGCUUCACUGAUCCAACCAAUGCCUGGUGUAAGACAUGUGGUUAAUAUAAUGGUUAUCUUUUUUAUGCUUAAAUCAGGCUACAUUGGUUAUCAUAGAAGGUCAACAAAAGCAGAGGGAUAAACUACACGGCAUUUGUGUUAAAACUAGGAGAGAAGGAGAGGAAACAAUGUUACUAAGGGGAGAAAUAGAAGGAAAAUAUUUUUAAAAACUUGGAAAAUUAUAUUGAGAUUUUAUGAAAGGAAAUUAUAUGAAAAUUAUGUUUUAAAACACUUGAGAAAACCAGCAUCCACUCCAGUAUUUUAUUUGUUUGAAUGCUUUUGUCACAUUGUAUUUAUUUCUUUGAAUUUAUUUUAUUCUAUGGGGUGUAUUUAGAUGUUUUGCCCUUGUGCUUUAUAUUCUUUAGACAACCUGUCAUCAACGCCCCUUUUAAUAAGUUGUGGUAAGAAGAAUCCAUCCCUAAAAAUGACCCCUUUUGCUUAAAGGUGCAAUGUGUAGGAUCUGGCGGCAUCUAGCGGUUAGGUAUCAGAUUGUAACAGAUAUGCUUGUGUGCCAAGCAUAUCCGAGAGUUACAGUGGCCUUCAGGUAACGUAAAAACAUGAAAGGCUCUCUCUAGAGCCAGUGUUUGGUUUGUCCUUUCUGGGCUACUGUA